AUGGCUGUUGAGUGUGGCAGCGCUUUUCACAUUUUGGGAUGGACACGAGAAAAUGACGUGAUUCUGGAGUCGGGCAGCCACAUUGUGCCCAAGCAGGAGCCCAAGGAUUCCAAGUCAGUGCCCAAUAUCAAGAUCCGCGUGAAUCCCAUCACGCAGACGUCGUCCAUGAGUCUGCCCAACGCGCUGCACCUGCAGCACGACAGCCUCAACAACAACUCGCUGACGCUCGAGGGCGCCUCGUCGCCGCAGUCGCACUCGUCGCCGGCCACGCUGGCCAUGACGCCGCCCGCCGAAACCCCCGCCACCAGCAGUUCCGUCGCCUCGGCCACCACGGCCUCCACUACCACCACGAGCACGCCCACGUCGGGGCGGCAGCCCGUGCGCCGGCGGAUACGGCGGAAAGCCAACUCGGCGGUGGACGAUCCCGCGGAGCAGCUGACGGAGAUGAGCGUGCGCGGACUGAACCUCUUUCGCUACGCCAGCAUCAACGAGGGCGUGUACCAGUGCACGGAGUGCGCCAAGGACAACAUCCAGAAGACGUUCAAGAACAAGUACAGCUUCCAGCGGCACGCCUUCCUGUACCACGAGGGCACGCAGCGCAAGGUCUUCCCGUGCCCGGUGUGCGGCAAGGAGUUCUCGCGGCCGGACAAGAUGAAGAACCACAUGAAGACCACACACGAGUGCUACAUGCCCAAGGACUGCGUCUAUCCGCUCAACUUCCUCGUGGGCGGCGGCCUGGAGAACGCCAGCAUGCAGAAGCUGGAGAAGAUCGACACUGCGACUCAGUAA